AUAGCCUCAGUCAGUCGGGAUAUAAAGACCAGCACCUGGGCGCUAGUGGGAACCAAUGGUUCUUGCUCAACCACGCCAAUCCUGUACCUUGCUGCAAGCGGUUAAUAGUUCUUGACAACGAAGCAAGGGCCUUAAAAUGCUGCGCUGGUAGUCCUACAUAGAUCUGCCACUCCCUCGAGGAGUAGAUUCUCGAAAUCGUUGGCAUCUGUGAACCGGUAGCAGCGAAACCCUAUCUUGUAUUUUCCUUGGCAGUGGUUGAUAUUCCAAUGCGAUCUGAUAUCAUAACGCCGAAGCAAUCCUGUCCACAUUUUCUCCGCACUUCGAACAACAUCGGACUGUCCACCUUAGGAAAGUGUUACACAUAACUUCGAUCCCCGAUGAAAUGGUGGAAAUAACAGAGAAAAGUAACUCGGAAACAUCCGUCCCUCUCGAGGGCGUAUCCCCAGCGGUCCCUAUCCAGCAGGCUGAAAACAUGUGCUGCCCCAAAGACCCCCAUAAUUGGCCCGUUUGGAAGAAAAAUGUCCAAAUUCUAAUGGUCGCUUUCCAUUCCAUGGUGGCGACCUUUAUGGCUGCGGGAAUCGUCCCAGCAUUUGAUGCCAUGGCUGAAGCGUACGGCGUGACAGUGCCAGAGGCGAGCUAUCUAACAUCGAUCCAAAUCCUGGUGUUGGGACUCACGCCAUUUCUUUGGAAACCGAUUACUUGCAUCUACGGUAGAUACCACGUAUCACUGGUCUCCGUUCUCGGUAGUCUGAUCUGCAAUAUUGGUGGCGCUCGGUGCUCAACGUAUGGAGCACAGAUGGCGACACGGGUUCUCACUGCCAUACUCAUCUCACCGCCGAUUGGCAUCGGGAGCGGUGUCAUCACUGAGCUCUGUGAGCCUGAAGAAAGAGCCCAGAAGCUGGGGUGGUGGACACUGAUGACGACGCUGGGAACUCCGGCAGGGCCAUUUAUCAUGGGUUUCGUCGCAAAGAAUAUCGGCUUUGAGUGGAUUUACUGGAUAUACGCCAUAAUCAACUUCGCGCAGUUCCUCACUUACCUCCUCCUGGGCGAGGAAACGAUAUACGUCCCCGGGGAUGCUGGUGGUGGUAAGGGUGGCCGCACGAGCAAGCUUAUCCCUCGCCGAAUCAACCCACGCCCUCUGAAACCUCGCGAGUUCAUAGAGUGGAUCUUCUUGUACCGGUAUCCGCGAAUUCUGAUUCCUACGAUUGCCCAGUGUGUUGUCUUUUGCUAUGCCAAUACAGCCAUCAUCGUUGAAAUGCCCAUUGCCUUUGGUAAAAAGUUUCAUUUCGACGCGCAGCAGAUCGGACUGCAGUAUAUUGCAGUGAUUAUAGGGAGCCUUAUCGGGGAACAAGUGAGCGGGCCCAUGUCAGACUGGUUCAUGAAAACAUUGAGUAAAAGAAGAGGCCAGUUCCGACCGGCUGAUCGCUUAUGGCUUUCGUACAUCGGGUUCGCAACCGUCAUUGCAGGACUCUUGACAUGGGGAUUUCAACUGGAUAAUGCCACAUCGUGGAACGUCGCCCCCUGCGUUGGCGCGGCGAUUGCGAGUUUUGGGAAUCAGAUCCUGACCACCAUUCUCAUCUCGUUCGCGGUGGAUUGCUACAAGGAUCAAUCCACCGACAUCGGUGUGUUUGUCAACUUCAUCCGCCAUAUCUAUGGAUUUGUAAGAUAUAUCAAGCCCUUCACAUUCUAUCACCCGUGAAGCUAAUAUCGAACCCUAGAUCGGUCCGUUCUAUUUCCCGCCCAUGUUCAAAACGUUGAAAUUUGGUGGCGCUGCGGGGGUCAUGUGUGCAAUCAUUGGCGUGUGUGCUUUGGGCCCUAUCGUAGCGAUGCAUGUUGUUUCCAGUCGGAGAAGUCAAUGACGGACGGGUGUCAACGAACUGUAUUGCACGAACCGGCGAUGAUUCGCAUUAGCAAGAACCUAGACAGAAGACGGAACGUCACAGAUGUAUCAGGAUGCACACCCCGGAAGUAAGCACGGUUUUGUC